AAGCAUAUAUAUGCAUGGAUGAGUAGUAUUUAUGAAAUUAGUAUAAAUAGACUCAAACUCAACUACAUAAUUAUAGCUGAGAGAUAAUAAUAAUAUAUACGAUCCAAGAUGAUGAUGAGUUGCUAUUGGAUUGUUGUACUAAUAUUCCUAAGUCAUUCCUUAACAACCCAUUCAUCAUCUCUUUAUUCACCUUCUAAUAAUCAUUCUCACUUUCACUUGUGUAAUACUCAUGACACCUCUGCUUUGCUCCAAUUCAUCAACUCAUUUUCCAUUGAAAUUCCUCAAGAUCUAGACUUGAAGUCGAUGAUUCUCUCUUGGAAGAAUGGAACUGAUUGUUGUUUUUGGGAUGGAGUCUCUUGUGAUCAACAAUCUGGUCAUGUCAUUGGCCUUGAGUUAACUUAUACCUAUCUUAAAGGCCCUCUUCACUCCAACAGCACCCUUUUCUCACUUCACCAUCUCCAAACUUUAAUCCUUGAUGGCAGUAAUGAUUUCUAUGGAUCUCCAAUUCCAUCUGAGUUUGGCACGUCCUUUCCCAACUUGACAGAGCUUAGCCUCUCUUCUGCCAAUUUUAGCGGUUACAUCCCUGUCCAAUUAUCUCAUCUCUCUAAACUCACUCAUCUCACUGUUGAUUCAUAUGAUGGUGAUGAUAACGAUAUUAUUCAGCUGGAGACUUAUGUUUUGAAAAGAAUGCUUCAAAACUUCACCAAUCUCAGGGAACUUUCUCUAUCUUAUUUAAACAUGUCUAAUGUUGAACUAGUUACUUCUUUCACCAAUAUAUCAUCUUCUUUGGAGCUUCUUCUUCUUGAUGAUUGUGGAUUGCAAGGGAAAUUUCCAGAAAAUGUCUUUCGCUUACCAAACCUCCAACAACUCAUUUUAUAUAAGAACUAUGAUGUUAUUGGUUCCAUGCCUACAUUUAAUUGGAGCACUCCACUCAGGUACUUAGAUCUUUCCUUCACUCAAAUCUCUGUUGAUUUACCGUACUUGUCUACAGCUGCCAAGUCUUUGCAGAGUUUAGGUCUUAGUAAUUGUAGUUUUACAGGAUCAUCAUCAUCAUAUCCUGAAAUGUUGACCAACCUAACUCAAUUACUACAACUCACUAUAUUAGACCUUAGUUACAACAAUUUUGGUGGCCAAAUCCCAUUGCAUUAUCUAUUCAAUAUUCAGCACUUGAUUUAUUUGUAUCUUUCUGGAAACAAUUUCGUUGGUGAGAUUCCAGAAUUUUCAAAAACAUCAAACUCCUCCCAAACCCCACUACCUAACCAUUUAGAAUCCCUUUACUUAUCUGAUAACUUGCUCAGUGGACCAAUACCUUCUUGGAUAUAUUCCCUUCCACUUUUAACUACUUUAUUAUUGUCCAAUAAUAACCUUACUGGUCCAAUUAAAGAAUUUCACUCAAAAUCUCUUCAAUACCUUUCCUUAGAUUCCAAUAAACUCAAUGGAGAGAUUCCAAACUCAAUCUUCCAACAAGAAAAUCUUAGAUGGCUAGAUCUCUCAUACAACAAUUUGGAUGGUGUUGUGGAGCUAAGCAAGUUUUCAAUGUCAAGUAAUCUUGAGACUCUUCAGCUUUCUUUUAACAAUUUCAUUGUGCACUCAAAUAACUUUUCCAACAAUAAUCCUUUUCCUUUGCUUGAAUUUUUGAGUUUGGCCUCUUGCAAUAUUAGCGCAUUUCCACAUUUUCUAAAAAGCAUGAAAAACCUACAAAGCUUACAACUUUCCCACAACAAAAUUCAAGGAAGAAUUCCUGAAUGGCUAUGGAAUGAUUUGAACAUUUCUCACAACUUCCUCACACAUGUAGAGCAAGUUCCAUGUAAGUAUUUACAAUCCUUAGAUCUUCGUUCUAACAUGAUUCAUGGGCAUCUUCCAAUUGUUCCACCCUCAUUGAUUUUUUUUUUCAUCUCAAAAAAUAAUCUAUAUGGAGAAAUAUCUUCUACAUAUUGCAAUUUGAGUGGCUUGCAAAUCCUUGACAUCUCAAAUAAUAACAUUCAAGGGAAAAUUCCUUCAUGCCUUGCAAAUUUAUCCUCUCUCUCCGUGCUAGACUUGCAUAAGAAUAAUUUUAGUGGAGAAAUCCCUCAAGACAUGUUUAAAAAUUUAACUAGUUUGAGGAGUUUGCACCUUAGUGGAAAUCAUCUAGAAGGAUCCAUACCGCGCUCUUUGCGCAAUUGUCAAAGCUUAGAAGUGUUAGAUGUGGGCAAUAACAAGAUAACUGGUAUAUUCCCUUAUUGGUUGGAAGAGCUUCCAAAGCUUCAAGUUCUUGUUUUGAAAUCAAAUAGAUUUCAUGGUUCCAUAGGAGCACCGAAGGUUAAAUAUCCUUUCCGCAAGAUGCAAAUCAUGGAUCUCUCAGACAAUGAAUUUACUGGUCGUCUACCAGUAAAGUAUUUUGAAAGUUUCAAAGCUAUGAUGGGGGAAUAUGUAACUAGUCGUAACUUGACACACAUUGGAGAAAUGUAUUACCAAGAUUCUGUAAUUGUGGUAAUGAAAGGUUUUGAGCGAGAACUGGAAAAGAUCAUAAGUAUUUUCGCAACAAUUGAUUUUUCAAGAAACAACUUUGAAGGAGAGAUUCCAGAGUCGAUUGGAAAGUUAAAAUCACUAAAAGGGCUCAACUUUAGUCAAAAUAGACUACAGGGCUCCAUUCCGAUGUCAUUGAUCAAUUUAAGUAAUCUUGAAGGGUUAGACCUCUCUUCGAAUGACUUGACUGGAGAAAUUCCAAGCAAAAUGACUGAUUUGACGCAACUUUCUUACUUGAACCUUUCAUACAACAAAUUAGAAGGACAAAUACCCCGUGGAAACCAAUUUGAAACAUUCAACAAUGAUUCAUACAAAGGAAACAUAGAAUUAUGUGGGUUUCCUUUGUCUAAAUCAUGUAACACGGGGAUAAAACGAGAAGAUGAUCAUGGCGAGGAGCAUACUGAUCACAUAAUAUUAAAUUGGAAAAUUGUGAUGGUGGGGUAUGGAUGUGGUCUAAUAAUUGGAAUAUCUUUGGGAUACGCAGUUCUUUACAGUGAAAGGUUUGAUUAUUGGUUACAUAAAAAGAUCAUAGGACGACAACAACAAAAAAUUGAGCAACGUCGCAAAAGAAAUUCUCGUUUACGAAGAACAAGCUAAAAUAUCAUAUGAGCUAGCUUGUGAUCAAAGAAAGUGAAGUAACUUUCGGAGAAGGAGGAUCAUGAUCAGCCAUGUCUUUCAAGUCCUAUGUGUUUUCUUUAAUAAUAUAAAAAUAAUAAUAGAAUAAAAUUAUCACUCUUGUAUUUGUAUAAAUAGAGGUUCACCCCAUUGGAAUAAACAACUCAGAAAUUCUCAUUCACUUUCUCUUUCUCUCUUCAUCUUCUUCUUCUUUCCUCUCAUCUACUUUAUAUUAUUUUAUAACACGUUAUCAGCACGAGUCUCUGCCCAAGUCCCAAUGUAAGUAUCUUGUUAAAGUUCUUGAAUUGUUUCAAAGUCAAAAUACACUAAAUAUAUCUUUAUAUAUAUACUCCUCUGACUGAAACAAUUUCAAGAAUCAUUUGAUUUUUUUUUUCUUUUUAUCUAUA